AUGCGUAUCAAUACUGCGCUCCCUGUUGCCAUCCUGUGCGAUGCUGUCAUUGCUCAGAAUAGCACCAUCCUAAGCCUAAGGUCUGGUAUCAAUCAGGUUGACAUCCGUCAUCUGCCCCAAAUUCUGAGGGAUGCCGGUGAAACCCCUGAUCAGAACAUUGUAGCCUUUUUGGAGGCCACUGAGAUCACCACUUUGCAAAAUGUUAAAACCCAAGUUGUUCAGAGUUCAGCUGCCACCAUCGACAGCAACGAGCUUUGCGACUUCGUGGCUAAGCGAGUAGCAAGCUAUCUCUGCAAUCUCAAUGUGCAACGGAUGCCACUGGUAAACUUCACCAGGCUUCACCAGGUGAAGCCUUCGGGGAAUACACUAACGAUUUGCACGUGA